UGAAUCUUUAUUUUAUACAAAAGAACAGGUCCUCUUAACACUUCAUAACCCAGCUGCCAAAGUUUUAUCUAUAAAUACAUGUCAAAGUGCACCGCUUAACCUACAGAAAUUGAAAUUUCUUUUUCUUUUUCUUUUUUUUUCUCUUCUUUGAGUUAAUCUUCGUCUGCAGAAUUUUCAGCUUCAACCGUUUUCUUCUCUACUCAACCAAAUAGCCAAAAAACACCACUCAGAUCCGAAAUGGUUAUCCGAUUGCCAUCCAUGAUAACUACCGCAAAGCAAAUCCUGAAGAAGCAAUCUAAUAAUAAUGUACCCAAAGGUCAUGUCGCAGUUUAUGUUGGAGAAGCAGAAAGGAAAAGGUUUGUUGUUCCAAUAUCAUACUUGAACCAUCCUUCUUUCCAGGAUUUGCUUCAACAAGCUGAAGAAGAGUUUGGAUUCAGUCAUCCAAUGGGUGGUCUUACAAUUCCUUGCCAUGAAGAUGCCUUCAUUCAUCUCACUUCUAGGUUUCAUUCCUUGUGAAAGAUGAAGGAAGAAACAUAUACAAUACCAAUCUUGACGUUUUUUUUUUAUCACAAGAUUUUCUUCCUUCUUUUUCUUUUUUCUUUUUCCUUCUAUUCUCUUUUUCCCUCCUUUGAGAGUAUAUAGAGGAGGAUUGUGAACUACACAAAGUGGGCAGAAAAAAGUUUCAGUGCCUUAACUUAUUCACGCAAUUAAAAGGCAAAUUUCUUUUCUUUA